GAAUAAAUCGCCAGUGGUGGGCUCAUAGUUGCCAGUCUCCUAUUUUCUUGAAGUACUAUCGAACAGUACCAGAGCGAGACAUACCCCAUCCUGCUGCUCGAGCUCGUGGUGCACGCUCAUGGAGGGCGCCAUUUCCAAUCCCCCGAACACAAGGAUUGCCGUGGUCACCGGCGGGAACAAAGGGAUCGGGCUAGAGGUGUGCCGGCAGCUGGCCGGCAACGACGUCACCGUCGUCCUAACAGCCAGGGACGAGACGAGGGGCACAGCGGCCGUCGAGAAGCUCAGAGAGCUGGGGCUCUCCAACAUCAUUUUCCAUCAGCUGGAGAUCACCGAUGCCACGAGCAUCGCUCGGUUGGCGGAUUUCUUGAAGACCCGUUUCGGGAAGCUAGACAUUCUGGUGAAUAAUGCCGCACUUGGUGGAAUUGAGUACGUCCGCGAUCCUGUUUACGGUUCAGCGAGAGAGGAAGAGUUGAGUGGCAUGGAUAUGGAUCAGAGACUGGGAUGGUUGUGGGAAAAUUGCCGGGAGACCUAUGAAACUGCGAAAGAAGGCCUACGGACAAACUACUACGGCACAAAGCAUGUAGUCGAAGCCUUGCUGCCUCUGCUGCAAGCCUCCACUGAUGGAAGGAUAGUUAAUGUCUCCUCCCACUUCGGGCAGCUAAGGCUUUUCAGAAACGAGGAGCUGAAGCAGGAGCUAAACGACAUUGAUAACCUCACCGAGGAGAGGUUGGACGAGCUGCUGGACAUGUUCCUGAAGGACUUCAAGGCCGGCACGGUGGAGUCACGCGGGUGGCCGAUGGCGUUCUCGGCAUACAAGGUGGCCAAGGCGGCCAUGAACGCGUACUCGAGGAUCCUGGCGAGGAGGCACUCCGAGCUGCGCAUCAACUGUGCACAUCCUGGCUACGUCAAGACCCAUAUGACCAUAAACUCGGGGUUGUUGACGCCAGAGGAAGGUGGGAGCAGGGUUGUAGCGGUGGCACUGCUCCCGGAAGGUGCGGCGACCGGCGCGUUCUUUGAAGACUUCAAGGAGUCGUCGUUCGUGUGAUUGUGGCUCGGCCUCUCGUAGCCGCGGAUGGUCUCGGUGUUUGGAUCACUCAGGACUCAAGACUACAUACUACGUCCGGCUUACACUGAAAUUCAACGUGGUAUUGUCGCACCCGAUGGCUUGUGGCCAUCAAGACGUAUAAAAUAUGAUUAGGAGUAAGUGUAUCUUACCUAGAUUUAUACUGUGUGAUUCGACUGAGUCUAGAUUCAUGCGAUAUGGUGAUAUUUGUAUCGUCAUCUCUAUAUGGACGUACUUAUACAUUUCAUACUAUGCUAGUACUAUAAAUACAGAUCCC